UAUUCACAAUAACAAUGCUCUCUUUUUUAGCUGCAAUACUGUUAAUAAUAUCGAUUGCUUUUGUGUUGAGAAGCACUAAGAGAAGCAGAAAUGUCCCACCAGGGGCAAUGGGUCUACCUUGGAUUGGAGAAACAAUGGUUUUUUACAGAGCUCAAAGUAAAAACAGAUUGUUUGAAGACUUUGUUGAGCCAAGAGUUGCAAAAUAUGGAAAAAUCUUCAAAACAAACUUAAUGGGAUCUCCAACAGUGGUUGUUAAUGGAGCUGAAGCCAAUAGAUUUUUCUUGUCAAAUGAGUUUAAGUUAGUGGUAAGUUCAUGGCCAUCGAGCUCUGUUCAGUUGAUGGGUGAAGAAUGUAUUAUGCAGAAGGAAGGUGAAAAGCAUAGAUGUGUUCGUGGUCUUAUAGCUGCAACUCUUUCUACUUCGAGUCUUGACGUUAUGAUGCCUAAACUGUGCAAUACAAUUCAAGUUUAUUUGGAUACUAAAUGGGUUGGUUGUGACACAAUUGGUCUCUUUCACUCGGCUAAAGUAUUGACAUUUACAAUUGUGUUUGAGUGUUUAUUGGGUAUUCAAGUGGAGCCACGUGUGUUGACGAUGUUCGAGAGGGUUUUGGAAGGUGUUUUUGCACCACCAUUCAGGUUUCCAGGAACAAGAUUUUCAAGAGCCAAGAAAGCAAGACUGGAGAUAGAGACAACGCUAAGGGAAGUGGUGAGAGAAAAGAGGAGAAAAAUAGAAGGAAAGCUAGAAGAAGAAGAAUGUGGGUCAUUGCUUUCAAGGAUGGUGAGAGCAAUGAUAGGAGGGGAAAUCAGUGAAAUGGAAGUCAUAGACAAUAUUGUUUUGCUUGUUUUUGCAGCUCAUGAUACAACCUCCUUUGCCAUUGCCAUGACUUUCAAAAUGUUGUCUCAGCACACAAAUUGCUACACACUUCUUCUCCAGGAACACACUGACAUAAUAAGAAGCAAGGGGCCAGGCCAGAAUUUGACAAUGGAAGACAUAAAGAAGAUGAAAUAUACUUGGCAGGUAGCUCGUGAGAGCAUUAGGUUGUUUCCCCCUAUAUUUGGUUCUUUCAGGAAAGCCAUUUCAGACAUUGAAUAUGAGAGCUUUCUCAUUCCCAAAGGAUGGAAGGUCUUGUGGACGACGUACGGAACACAUUACGGAGAAGAGUACUUUGAGGAUCCAUUGAGUUUCAAGCCAAGCAGAUUUGAGGAACCUGUUUCACAGUAUGUUUAUGUUCCAUUUGGAGGAGGGCCAAGAGCUUGUGCAGGCUACCAACUAGCGAAAUUGAACAUACUCAUUUUUGUACACUCGGUUGUAACUCGUUAUGAUUGGAGUUUAGUUCAUCCAGAUGAGCCAAUCAUAAUGGAUCCUCUCCCUGUCCCUUAUCAUGGAAUGCCUAUUAAAAUUUCCCCAAAAUCACAAGUUUGUUCCAACGUUCACCAAAUGUAAGCUCGUUUAUAUCUCUAUGACAAAAAAAGAGAAGUUACAAAGAAGAUGCAUUCAUCAGUAGAACCAGAGGGCAUCCUCAAAGAAAGCUCAUCCUUUGAAGCAUCAUAAUCUGAUUAUGUACAAAGAAGAUGCACUUCCUUGAAACUGAAGUGGAUGCAAAACCUCUAAAUAUCAGAAUAUAUAGUUUACAUAAUUAUGAUCUUCCGAACAGCAAACAUCAAGAUGUUAUAAUAGGAAACCCUUCUACAUUUCACUAUUUGUUGCCUAUCCAAAAAUACAAAGUUUACCAAUGUAUUAUAUUUAACUCAGGUGCUAAUACCAUAAGCUAAUGAAUGGCUAGUGGACAAAAA